UGUCAUUUGUCAUGUCAUGAGAAAGUGAGAAAGGAGAAAGUCACAGUAAAGGAAUAAUUCUUGAACGAAAUAAAUGAAAACAUUGCCGAGUAGAUACAUUUCUGUACCUACAGUUUCGAAAUUGAAUUGAUUUGUAAAAUGCAUCUCAAUGCCGAUAUUUCAAGUGCCUUGCAAUUGCUGGAGGAUAUAAAACAAACAAUUGAAGACACAGGGGAUCCUAAAUUACAAGUAAAUAUGUGCCAGGAUAUGAAUUUACUUAUAUCUGUCUUGGAGAAUCCAGUUCUUAGAAGUAUAGUAACUGUACAAGAUUCUUUGUGUGAACUUGAUCAACAGUUGAGUCAACAUCCUUCUAUUUUACCAGUUGAUUUUGAUAUAACAGCUGCAGGUGAAUUGGUCUUGAAUGUUCCGCCAGCUGGUGAAUUAUAUGAUCCGGAUUAUGAAGACGAUUAUCGUUCGAAUAGAGAUUUUGAUGAACAAAGAGUACCUUCUGCAUCCAUUUCACCUAGUUCUCCACUUAUGCAGCAAGGUAGCAAUUCCGACACUAAGUUAUUGCUAUUAAAAAGUCGCAAACUGAAUAACAGCAUUUGCAACACAGAGCCUUCAAGAAUUUUUCAAAACAGUUCUACUUUCAAUCAAAUUGACGAUAUUAUCCAGAGAUCUCCUUCAGUUGGAAGCGAUGUUUCAAAGAAUGAGUCAGAGAAUUUGAUAAGUAGUGAAUGGUCCCAAGUAGAGAGUAUUGAUUUAGUUAAUGAUGGCACUGGCCUAGGGUUUGGAAUAUUAGGCAUGAAAAAUAUGGGAGUUGUUGUGAAAACAAUAUUACCUGAUGGAGUCGCAGAUAGGGACAGCAGGUUACAAAGUGGUGAUCAUAUUUUACAACCAAAAUUGCUCAUUUUGGCUAGAAGUCCGUCGUACCAAACUCUGUCGAACGCCUUAGAGACGUCUAGGAAUAUCGCUUCGGUGUGGUAUCGUUUGCCCACGUUGAAACCUCAGUCGCAUAGUCUACUACCCUCAGGACUUGUAGCUCUGUUGAAUGCUCGGAUCUGA